AUGAAAAUCUGGGUUCAAAUCUCAGCCAAGAUAUUUGUCAGUUGUCAAGUAACUGGCAGAAGUUUUGGUGACAGAGAUUUUCGAACAGGACUAGAAAAUGGCAUCCUGCUCUGCGAGCUGCUGAAUGCUAUUAAACCAGGACUCAUCAAAAAGAUCAAUAGAUUGCCCACCCCCAUUGCAGGAUUGGACAAUAUCAUCUUAUUCUUAAGAGGCUGCAAGGAGCUCGGGCUUAAAGAAUCUCAACUCUUUGACCCAGGUGAUCUCCAGGACACUUCAAAUAGAGUAACAGUCAAGAGCAUUGACUGUAGUAGAAAGCUGAAAAAUGUAUUAGUUACCAUUUACUGGCUGGGGAAAGCAGCUAACAGCUGCACAGCAUUCAGUGGAACCCCACUGAACCUGAAGGAGUUUGAAGGAUUAUUGGCACAGAUGCGAAAGGAAACUGAUGAUAUUGAAAGCCCUAAACGAAGCAUCCGAGACAGCGGCUAUAUAGACUGCUGGGAUUCUGAGCGCAGUGAUUCCCUCUCUCCACCCCGGCAUGGUCGAGAUGAUUCUUUUGACAGUCUGGACUCAUUUGGCUCACGUUCUCAGCAGACACCCUCCCCAGAUGUAGUCCUCAGAGGAAGUAGCGAUGGCAGAGGAAGUGACUCAGAAUCUGACUUGCCUCAUCGAAAGCUGCCCGAUGUAAAGAAGGAUGACAUGUCAGCAAGGAGGACUUCUCAUGGUGAGCCGAAAUCAGCAGUGCCUUUUAACCAGUACCUCCCCAACAAGAGUAACCAGACCGCUUAUGUACCUGCUCCUCUGAGGAGGAAGAAGGCUGAGCGAGAGGAGUACCGAAAAAGCUGGAGUACUGCGACCUCACCCCUAGGAGGAGAGAGAACUUUCAGCUACCCUGAAACCAUAGAGGAAGAGCAAAAUGAAGUGGGGGCUCAUUGUGAAGAGUCAGAGGCCGACAAGUCGGAUCCUAGUGGAAAGCCCUCAGAUACGGGGUUAGAAUCGAACAGAAAAAAUGGUAAGGAACAAAUUCCUCCAGGGGGCACAAAGGAAACAGUGGCACAGAGAGCCACACAAAAAGAUCAUGAAGAGAUCAGAAGACGCAGAAGGUUGGAGCAAGCUGGUAUCAAGAUCAUGCCAGCCGCACAGCGUUUUGCCAGUCAAAAGCAAAUAAAUGAAGAGAAAGAAACCGUUCCAGACAUUAUCCUUCGAAAAGAGAACCCUUUUCUGUAUGGCCAUGAGUCUGAGCCAGAAGAUGGAGUGGAAUGCAGACUUCCUGAUCUAGAGAAGGAUGACUUUGCUGCUCGGAGAGCAAGGAUGAAUCAAACCAAGUCCACAGUGCCACUGAAUCAGUUGCUAUUUGGACCUUAUAUUAAAAAAGAGAGUGAUGGUAUCAAACAGCCCUUAAAGGGAGCAUCACAGAAGAAAAGUCAAGGAUCCACAAGAAAUGAAGUACACCAGGAAGAAGUGAAGAAAACUGGGAUUUCCAAAGAAAACCAGCUACAGCCUCCAGAGAAUGCAUGUGAGGCAGAAGAAUCCAAGAAGGCUCCUGAUAUCCAGAAGGAUGACCUAGCUAAGCGGAAGAUUCAGAGUAGUCAUUUCUCCUCACACCAGAUGGCCACAAGUUUUGUGAAGAUUUCGACAAUAACAGAAGCAGACUUGGAGACAUGGGAUAGAUUGAAAGUGUCAGGAAAGAUGAGUGAUGAAGAUUCAGACCACAACUGUACCCCAACCCCCUCACCUGAAAUUCAAGCUGAAACUGCAAUUCGUGAUGACUUUGCAAGUCGCAAAGCAAGAGCCUACCAAAAGGCUUCUGGCCCUAAGCAAAAGUUUGUGCACUUUGGACCAGUGACAGAGAUAGAUCAGCAGAAAUGGAGGAAACUUAGUAUUGGCAAGGUUGGCCCAAAAGAGAAAAUCCAUGAGAUUCCUAGUGAUGGGGAUAAGAUGCGUGUUUGUCAUGUGGCCCCAGAUUCAGCAGCUCCUCACAGCUCAGAGGAUGACAGAUUCCCCCGUGGACAGAACGAUUCCAGCAAACUAGCCUGUUUUAGCGUAGAUGAAAAUUGCAAAGGGAGCCCUGCAUCUACUGUGGAUGAGGUUCAGACGCAGAAAACCUACAUCUUGGAGGAAUAUCUGGGAAACAGCAAGGAAGCCAUAUCCAACCAGCUGCCACAGUAUGACCAAAAAGAGGAUAGACUUACUAAAGGAGAUUUUGAGCCUGAGCUGAAGAAUGGAAGAUAUGGGAGCAGAAGCCAACAACUAGCAAGCUCCGUCGCUCCUGUGAAUGAGACCACAGGGGCAGAAGAGAAUCUUGAGAAGAUGACAACGCGUGGUGUCCAGCCUCGCCAUGAAGCCCGAGGGCACAGAAAAGUGCCUGACCCACAGAAAGAUGACAUGAUGGCUAGAAGAACUGGCGCAUUCCUUAAGCACACUGUAUCCAACUCAAACCGGUUCCUUCCGGUUCCAUUUGCAAAGCAGCAGGACGGGGAGGAACCUACCAAGGGACUUCAAAAGAAAGAGGAGAGAUACGGUCCCCGAACUGCUGUGUCUGAUGACGCAGAGAGCAUGAGCAUGCUUGAUAUGCGGUGUGAAGAGGAAGCCACUGUGCAGCCUCACAGCAAGGCUCGGCAGGAGCAGCUGCAGUUUAUCAACAGCCAGCUGAAAGAAGAGGAUGACAAAUGGCAAGACGACCUGGCUCGUUGGAAAAGCCGUAGAAGAAGUGCAUCUCAGGACCUAAUCAAGAAAGAAGCCGAGAGGAAAAAAAUGGAAAGAUUAUUGGCUGGAGGAGAUGGGACAAGUGAACGAAGGAAAAGCAUCAAGACCUACAGAGAGAUUGUGCAGGAAAAGGAAAGGAGAGAGAGAGAGCUCCAUGAAGCAUACAAGAAUGCCCGUUCCCGUGAGGAGGCAGAGGGGAUCCUCCAGCAGUACAUUGAAAGGUUUACCAUUAGUGAGGCCGUCCUGGAGCGCUUGGAGAUGCCAAAAAUUCUGGAAAGAAGCCAUUCAACAGAGCCAAACUCAUCUUCCCCGAACGACCCAAAUCCCAUGAAAUACUUGCGGCAGCAGUCACUGCCUCCUCCCAAAUUCACUGCCACUGUUGAAACGACCAUUGCUCGCCCCAGUGAACCAGACCCCAACGUUUCAGCAGGCAGUGCGUCUCCGAGCAAAACUGUUGUUCCAAAAGCAGUGCCUAUGCUGACACCGAAGCCUUACUCCCAGCCGAAAAACACACAGCACGUUUUGAAAACCUUUAAGGUAGAUGAAAAAGUCAGCGUGAAUGGAGAAACUUUUAAUGGCGUAGAAGAAGAGAAAGAAAGAGAGUGUACGACAGCGACAUUUUCCCCUUCGUUAACUAGAUCUCAGAGAUUUGAAGGUGUGGCCAGAGUGGAUGGUUCCCCAGUAGAACUGAAGCAAGACACCAGUAGCAUUGAGAUCAGUAUAAAGAAGGCUAACUCACUGAACAGAGAAUUAACAACAUCCACCACUGAGGAAGCUGAACUGACCCCUCAAAAGGAUGAAAUUGAUUGUGGACAAGAAGAAAGGAGGAGCACAGGACGUACCUCACCAGGUUUGCUCCAUGGAAAUGUGUUUUGGGGUCAUUCAGCUGGGCUUUUAAGCCUGUCUUUUUCUUUGAAGGAACUAAUUCUGAGGAUCUGCAAGUUUCUGCGUUCCAACUUUUGGGCAUGGGAUCCAGAGGAGGAGCGCCGCCGGCAGGAGAAAUGGCAACUUGAGCAAGAACGUUUGCUUCAGGAGAGAUACCAGAAGGAACAGGACAAACUGAAAGAAGAAUGGGAGAAGGCACAAAAGGAGGUAGAAGAAGAAGAACGUAGAUAUUAUGAGGAGGAACGCAAGAUAAUUGAAGACACUGUGGUUCCAUUCACAAUUUCUUCAAGUUCAGCUGAUCAGCUUUCUACCUCUUCCUCUGUCACGGAAGGAAAUGGGCCAGUGAAUAAGAUGGAAUCAGAGGACAGUAAAGAGGAAGAAAAAAGGCAAAGACAACUCUUGGAGGAAGAAAACAAUGACUUGCUGCCGAAGAAUAGCAAAAGUGAUGUUUUAGAAGAAACAAAAAGUGGAUCACAGGUGACCCCAGCACAUCCAGAGAACUGUGUACCAAAAGGGAUUCAUCAGGAUCAUCAGUUGUCAACAGCAGAGCUUGGGACACCAGACCGAAGGCUGAACUUAGAGUUAUCUCAGGACACAUCAUGGAAUCAGCCAUGGUCACCUGCCUCAUCACAUGCAUUAGAAGAUGUGAAACAAAAAACCCUCCCCAUGGAUCAAAGCAUCAACCAUCAGGUUGCCUCUCCUAGUGAGAGAAGGAAGACCAGUCCUCAUGAGAAUUUCAGAGCUGGACAGUUAUCCCCAUGCUCUCCUACCCCUCCUGGCCAAUCUCCCAACAGGUCUAUAAGCGGAAAGAAGUUAUGUUCUGCUUGCGGACUUCCUCUGGGGAAAGGAGCUGCCAUGAUCAUUGAAACGCUUAGUCUUUAUUUUCACAUCCAGUGCUUCAGGUGUGGAAUCUGCAAAGGACAGCUUGGAGAUUCAGUGAGUGGGACAGACGUCAGGAUUCGCAAUGGUUUGCUCAACUGCAAUGACUGUUACAUCCGGUCCAGAAGUGCUGGUCAGCCGACAACAUUGUGACAUGGUUUUCACUCCUACAAAUCACCUCCCACUGCUCCCUUUGGGGAUGUCCUGGACAAUCGCUUAUAAAUGCCCGUAUUCAUGGGGCUUCAUGGCACUCAUUUAAUUUUUGAAAGGCUAUACUAAGAGGCUAUGUCU